AUGGCCAGCACCGCUGCUACUCCGGAAGCAGGCAACAAUCACAGUGAAGACAGCACCACACAUGGAGGCACCACAGGGGAGCCUGCCAUGGUCACCUACAACACCAGGCAAGAAUCCAUUGAUAGUUCAUCCACCAGGAAUUUGCUAGCCCCUAGCCAUGAAUCCAGAGUCACCGUAGAUUUUGAGCUCCUGUGGAGACUGCGGAAGUAUCUGCUGCUUCUUGGUAUCCUAGCUGUUAGUGUUACAUACAAUGCUGGAUUAACUCCACCUGGAGGGUUCUGGUCGAACAACACAAAAGAUGGGCGUUCUGGACAUGACGCGGGUGACCCUGUCCUUCGGGCUCUGUUCUUCCCACGGUAUGAGGUAUUCUUCUACUGCAAUGCAACUGCCUUUGCAGCAUCUCUUGUCCUAAUCAUCUUGCUUCUGAGUAAAAAUGUGACAAGGCAGAAGUUAUGGCUCCGCUCAAUGCAACUUACCAUGAUUCUGGACUUGUUUAGCCUAAUGGGGGCCUAUGCUGCUGGAAGCUACAGGGCAGUAAUGUCAUCCAUUUACAUCUGGGUUCUGGUCUUUUCUGUUUUCGUAUAUAUUAUGAUCCAUAUCCUAGUAUUUAUGAGAGUUGUUCCAAAAUUUGUUUCGGAGAAAAGAUUUGUUCCAAAAUGGCUGAAAGAUAUGGCAGUGUCUGUGCAAGAUUGGAUUCUAUCCAGGUGUGAUGUUCCUAGGAGUGAAAGGAACAACUCCCAUGAGAAAGAUCUAGAGGAAGCUCGCAAGUUCGUUUUGAUGCUAGUGACUUUCGCUGCAACUGUGACAUACCAAGCAGGGUUGAGUCCACCGGGUGGUUUUUGGGCUGAAAACGAUGAUAAAAUUCCAGCUACAUCUAUGCUUCGCAGUAAAAACCUUGCUCGAUAUAAUACUUUUGUUAUUUGCAAUUCAACUUCCUUUGUUGCGUCUUUGGUGACAAUCAUACUGCUUCUGAGCCCAGAACUGAGUGGGCAUGGCAUCAGAUCCAAAGCAGUGAUUGUAUGUGUCGUUGUCGACAUAUUUGGCCUGGUUGGAGCAUAUGCUGCAGGAAGCUGUAGGAGUGUGGUGACAUCUGUCUGUGCUAUUUUAAUUGCUGUUGUAGUAUGGAUCUGCUUUGCAGUUUUAGCCGGGAUCUUUGUUAACAGAUCUGUAGCAGGCUGGUUUGGAAAGAUCAAACCAGAUAUUAUGAGGUGCAUGGCUAAAUUUGGCCGGGUCGUUUCAUGGAAUUUUGGCAGAAAGAGAUCAAGAAAUCCAGAGGGAGAGAAUUCUAUUGCAAGUAAUCAGCAAACUGCAGAUUGCAUAAAAGAUGCAGCAGAACCAGAAACUGCUAGGGUACCAGAAUACCAGCUUCAAUACCAUCAGCAAGUUCCAAAUAUUAAAGAGGAAUCUCCUGGGCAGAAUCAGAGUCCAGGCAAACAAGAAGCUACAAACACUAAGGAGGCUGUAUCCAGCUCAGAGCAUGCAUUUGUGAAUGGCACGCAAACAGGAAAUAGUAGCAAUGUCACGUGUAACCUGGAAUGUCAGUCUACAGACCCAAAUUCAGUUGCAAAUGAGACUAUGUCUGAAACUGAAACAGGAAACAUGCAAGAUGCAAAUAUGGAGGAACAAUCUUCAUUGGUGGAUGAUCUUAAAACUCCCACUACUGUGGCUGGUAUGUCUAAUCAUGAUCUUCAAUUGGUAGAUAACCAUAGAGUUCAAAGUAUGAUCAGGCAAUCUUUCUCUACUGAUGAUCAAGAAUCCACAGCCACGGAGUGCUUGUCCGACAUUGCAUCCAAUAACCAUAAUGGAGCCACCAACAGUUUCAAGGAAGAGGAAAAAACUUCUGAGGAGACUUUGGAAACAGUUGAGAUAGAGAGUUCCGAAACCAAUAAUGUCUCUAGACCUAUUGAGAAUGCCAACAUUGGCACGCAUGAAGUAGCUCCCAGACAAAAUGCCAGCAAUGUAAAUGCUGGUGCCAACCCAACUGAUGAACACCUAAAGAAGUCCUGGACAUAUCUUCUUCUUCUAGCCAUUCUUGCAGUAUCCCUGACGUAUCAAUCAGGUUUGAAUCCACCAGGUGGUUUCUGGCCCCAAAGAGAGAACAAUAAUUCAACUGGUGAUCCCAUCCCUAAGAACACUCGUCAUCGUCCCUAUCAUUUACCUGGUGAUCCCAUACUUGAGGACACUCACCAUCGACGCUAUAUUGCAUUCUUCUAUUUAAAUGCUAUCGCCUUUGUUGCAUCCCUUGUCAUGAUUAUUAUGCUCCUGAAUAAGAGGAUGAGCAACAAGGUCAUAAAACAAUAUGCACUGCAGAUAACAAUGAUAGUGGAUCUUCUUGCUCUAACAGGGUCUUACAUUAUGGGGAGCUGUAGGGAGACAAAGGGUUCCAUAUACAUCUGGCUGUUGGUGUGCCUUGUGCUGGUUUAUGUUGCUGUUCAUGUUCUGAUCGCAAUACAUGUGAUCCCUGAAGGGUGCAAAAAGGUUGUGGCACACAAGAUUGAGAAUUUCUCCUGCAGAUAUAUAUGGACAAAGCCUUCGUAUGAGAACAACCAGAGAAGUGAUGCUAAUGAUAAUGAUUGUGAGCUUGGGCAGGGCCAGAGGGGUGAUGCUGAUGACAAGAACUGGGAGCGGAGGCGUAAUCUACUAUUGAUGCUUGCUAUUCUAGCUGCAACAGUCACAUACCAAGCUGGCAUGAAUCCUCCAGGAGGUGUAUGGUCUGAUGACGAGGCGGUCAGUGUUAUCACAAUAUUACUUGUGAACAAGGAAUCCUGUGAGCAUGGUAUCAAGUCCUAUGCACUAAGAGUGUGUUUGGUGGUGGGCUUGGUUAGCCUCUUGAUCGCCUAUUCUGCAGGAAGCUGUAGGAAAGCAAGAGAAUCUAUUUAUCUCAUCAUCAUUGCUGUUGCAGUUCUGAUUGCCCUUGUGAUUCAAGUGCUUCUGCUCUCCUCAACACAAGAUAGUCUCAGAGGACCAACUGGACAAUUUAUAAAACGUCUGCUUCAGCUGCUUUUUGGAAAGGAUGAGGCCUGGCAUGGUGCUACUUCUCAACAGAAAGAAUUCAAGUGCUUCUGCUCUCCUCAACACAAGAUAUUAAUCCUCUGCGCUACGAAAUAUUCUUCUGCUUCAACUCUAUCUCAUUCAUGGCUUCUAUUGUCGUAG